AUGAGUCAGAACACGAACACACCAUUGAUGCCCCCGCACAGUCAUUCGACAGCACCAAGUUUCGACCCAUCGGAAGUCCAUUCACUUUGGCGUUACUUCCAGGACCUCGAAGCAUUGUUCACCCGGUGUCAGAUUACCGAUGAAGCAGCCAAGAAACAGUGGGCCGUUCGGUACCCUUCGAUCGACGUCGCCGACUUAUGGGAAACCAUCGAGUCCUUCAUCGACGUAGCCAAGAGCUACAACGACUGGAAAGCUGACAUACGAGCACUCUAUCCUGGCGCCGACGAUACAAGAAAAUGGUCGCUGGCGGACAUGGAUCAGCUCAUCGGAGAACGCGCUUGUAUCGGGAUUCACAACGUGGCAGACCUAGGCUGCUAUUACCGCGACUUCAUGGCCAUUAUGAAACAUCUCAUCGCACAGCACCGGCUCUCCACUAUCAAACAAACGUUGCUCACACGGCUCGAGACCCAACUGCAUCUCAAGCAUCCCGAUCACUAUGCUGACGACCCGUACACCAUGGCAGAGAUUCACGCAGUGGCUAUGUUCAUCUUACACGGUACAUCGAGCACACCUACGACAGCGGCUAACCAGGCUAUCGCGUCGACAUCGAACACCUUGACAACGGCGCCCCCUGGGAUGAUCAAAACCGAAGACAUCUCGAUGAUCAUCGAAAGCCUGUUGAGGACGAUCGCGACGCUUAUUCAGCCGACGACACACGCUAUGCACAACCAUGCCCCCGCACCGAGACAACAAGCUGCCGUCCACAUCCACGAGAACAGCGGAGUUGAACAGACGUGCCACUACUGCGGCAAUCGUGGCUGCAGGGUAGGCACCUGCGAGUUUGCGGAGAUCGACAUUCAGGACGGCAAGUGCAAACGGAAUACUGACGGCAAGAUCGUUCUUCCAAACGGAAGUUUCUGCCCCCGCACUAUCCCUGGUCUCACAAUACGAGAUUGA